UGGAACUUACGCCAACCAGCAAACCGGAAGCGUUAGGUCAGCUUCCAGAGCACGGAAAUAUUAUGUUUAACAGGGCAUUAAAGUUAAUUUUGUAGAAUUUGACUAGUUAUAUUACGCACUUCUGACUGGAUAGCAAAGAAAUAAACCACGCGUUUCUAUGGUAACAAACGUGGCGUUCUCCACCGGAUAAUCAUGGCGGAUGAUCUGGAUGAUUUACUUGAUGAAGUCGAAUCAAAGUUUUGUUGCAGCACGUCUGCGUCCAAACAAUCAACUUACGCUUUAAAACAAACGGACCAAAAAUGUGCGAACCCCGAGGACAAGAAACAGUCCAGAAAACAAGGAUACAAAAAAGCUCGACAUGACGAUGAUAUUGACGCUAUGCUGCAGGAAAUACUGGAUGAUGAUUACCAGCCCAUCAGCACUCAUGAAUCCACUGCAAAGACUUCCACAAGUGAUGGAUGUUCUCAGACAAUGUCCAAGAAAUGUUGUCCUGUGUUUCUUGGUGGAAGUUCUGUACCACAAGGUAUUGGAACCAGCGUUUCACAAAGGGCCUGCAACCGUUUAAGAUGUACAUCUUGCGAUUUCAGUGUAAUCAUGUUUGAGGAUCAGGAAUGGGACUCUUCCUGUGACUAUUUAUUUUUCAGGAAUAACAUGCCGGACCAUCACAAACUAAAAGCCAAACUGAGAAGGAAAAAGGGUGGGCGUGCGUACGCCUGUCAGUGUAGCUGGCACUCAGUCGUGUCGCUCUCUGACCUGAGGGAACAACAGCAGCUAAAGUGGGUUUGUGGCAAACACAAAGUAUGAGCACAAGUCUGCAAUCUUAUCUGUGUCCACCAGCAAGUUUUGCAUGCUCUCCUCCUCACAAAGGAGAGUGCUGGCCAUUUUCAAAAUUUGCUUUGUGGGGCUGGAUAACAAAAAGAAGUUGUUCUCUUCUGAAGUUUUGUUUUUGUGUGAAGUAACUCUUGUCUCUUUGUCAACACUGCCUUCUCCCUUA